UGUGUAGGAAAACCUAAGAGCCCUAUACUAACUACACCUCAACCAGUCUCUCCUUCCCUUACUUCUACAAACUCAACUAAUAUUAAUUUAAUUUUAACAAAAAUUGAAUCACUCUCUUCUGGACAAUCUAAACUUAUCGACCUCGUUAACAAACAAAAUGAGAAAUUAGACUCUUUUGAAAAAAAAUUAUCUGAAUUAUCUUUACAACUUAUCUCUAUCAAAGAAGAAAAUAAUCUACUUCGAAAUAAUUUAAACACUCUAACGAAACGGAUUGAAAUUCUUGAAAUAAAUCGUACUACUCUUAAUGAUGACAUUUUUUCCGAUUUUAUUGAUCGCCAGGCACGUUCAAAAAACAUUAUUUUGUUCAAUGUACCUGAAAUACCAGACAAUACUAAUAACUCAGAUACAUCAACUGUAAAUCUUAUCCUUCAAAAUCUAAAUCUUAACAUAAAACCAGUUACAGUCCAUAGACUUGGAAAGUCGAACGUAAAAACUCGUCCCCUUAAAGCCACAUUCAAUACGGCUUCAGAUGUUUUUAAAAUUCUGGGUUCAUCUCGUCAUUUAAAAUCUAAUCAGACUUUCAAUGAAGUAAGAAUCACAAGUGACAAAACUCCAAAGCAGCGUGAAUACUUUCAAAACCUACGUACAGAAUUAAACACUC